AUGUUUCUUUUAUUGUUUCUUCCAUCUGUGCAAUCCCUUGCUUGUUCACCGGAUACAGAAGCUGCACUUCUCUUUGAUGAUUUCAGCGAAAAUACGAAUUUCAUCUCGUGCUUUCGACAGUGUGCUUUAAGAAAUUGUACAGGAGUACUUCUAGCGGAAAACACUUGCAUUUCGCUAAACACUGCCGAUUUCUAUGGACCAUUGGAUAUCAAGAGAUUCGUCGAGAAAAAGUGCAUUCCAGGUUUAACAAACCGACUGUUGAUCAAGAAAUCGACAAAUCGUGUGUUGAUUGGACAGACAGAAAAAGUGGUGCGGGCUGUGGACGAGUUUGACUGUGCGCGGCAAUGUUAUGAAGAAAAGAGCUUCCAAUGCCAAUCAACAAUGUUUUACGGUGAUGUGAACGAUUGCUUUUUGAAUUACGCGAAUUCGAGCGCUGGCCAAAUGAGCAACGAUACAGAUGGGUUUUCGGUGGAUUUUUUCGAAUUCGCGACAUUAUCUGAAGAAAUUUGUGGCAAGAAAAAGGGAAAUAUGAAAGGAUUUACAUUGAUUCCGUCAAGAAAUCAAGUGAUGAUACGCGGCGAUGUCGAGAUUGUCGAGAGUGGAUCGGUUGAAGAGUGUCUAGACGGUUGUGAAAGUUGCGAUUUCGCGGUUUUCGACGAGAAAACCUCAAGUUGUCAACGAGUUUUUGAGAAUCUUUCUGGGCAAGAGAUCUCAAAUUCCGAAAAUGGAGCUAUGUUUUUCGAGCGUUUAUGCAGAACGAGACGGGCAAUGUGUGGAGGAGAGAACAGUGUUUAUGUGAUGAGGGAUGGAUUGGAAGACAAAAUGAGAGAGGAAUGCUUGACAAGUUGCCUCAAUUCACCGAAUUGUACAUAUGUUUAUUCGACGAAGAAUGGCUGUCUUUCAUCCGAUAAAUCUCUUCAUCAUCUACCGCGAAUUCUUGAGCGAAAAUGCAUCAAAAAGAUGCCGAAAAUGGAAAAUGGGAUAAUCUUCGAGGAAAGUGCUAAAUGUUUUACGGGCGCUUUGGAGAAGAUUGAGAAAGUGACGAGAAAUGAGUGCUUUGUUGCUUGUUUCAAUCAUCCAAACAAGAGCUGUGGUUCGAUAUCGUAUCACCGAGAGACAGCGCUUUGCGAGCUUUUCGAGAUCGAUGAGGAGAAAUUUUCGUCCGAAGAGAAAUGUCAUCACUACGAAUUGAGCGUUUUCUCGUUAGAAGAAGAGCUUAUCGAGAAUAGUGUCACUGAAAUCCCUUCAAAUUCUCGAAGCUUUGAGCUCCCGAUCAAGAAAAUCUCUGGCCAAAAAUCGUUAGGGACAAAGAAUUUCCCGUUACGAGAAAUCUCUGGAGAUUCGAUUAAACGAGAAGAAUUUAAGCCAAUCAAAGCUGUAGAGAAAUCGGAGAAGAAAUCGGAGAAACUUUUCGAAGAGAUCCAAGCAGAGCCAUUGCCCGAGAUUUCAGUCAAACCGAUUUGCCGUUUUGAUAUCAUUUUUGUUGAGAUUCACGCCGAGAAGCCAUUUAACGGUACGGUUUUUCCAAGAAAUUUACACGAGAAAUGCUCGAUGAAAAUUGUGAAUGGAAAAGGGAAUCUCUCGUUGGAAUUGGGGGAACAAUUGGGGAACAAUUCGAGAUGCACAGCUGAAUAUGAUGAGAAGAACGAUCUCUACAAAACGGUGUUGAUCGUGAAAUCGAAAUCGGACGAUGGCCGAAUAUUGACUGAAGACGAUCGCUUAUUUCAUAUCAGUUGUAAAUAUCGGGGAAAUCAAACGGUGAUCGCCAAAUCGAAACCGUUGGGCAUUGAACCUCCAUCUGCUAAAGAUCUAGCUGUUCGCGGGAUCGUCUCAUCACCAAAACAAAUGAGUUUAAAAACGAUUGGACGGAGUACGCCAGAAAUCGUUCAACUCGGCGAGCCGAUUCAGCUCAAUUUCGCAGAUCCGAGUCUGAAAGGAGGCUUCAAUUUGGAUAAAUGUUAUGCAACUGAUUCGAAGGGAUCCAAAAAUAUCUCUCUAGUUCAAUAUGGUUGCACUGUUUCUGGGAACGACAAUGUGGUGACUCAUCGAAUUCGUUAUCAAGAGGAUGGGUUCACGUUUGCGAUCAAAGCUUUCAAAUUCGCCGACGGGGAAUCGGUUCGAAUCACGUGUCUCGUGAGGAAAUGUGAAGAAUGCAAAAGGCCAACUUGUCACCAAAUCGCGAAACGGAGUCUGAAUGAGACACUUUCCGCCGAAGAUCCAGCUGAUUUUCAAGAGCUCGUUGCUGAGCUAUUUGUGCAAGCGGGUAAGACAAAAAGAGUGUUG